CGUCGUUCCCCAGCCUCCCGCCAGGGGGCGCCGCCGCGGCCAGCUCGCCGCCAACGGCGCCUGCGCUCUCCCGGGGCCUCAAUUCUGUCUCCACGGCCUUCCGGGCCUGGCGGUUUCUACUGCCGCCCACCAGAUAGUGCUUCCGGUGUGGAGGUCACGGACAAGAUGGUGCCCCCGGUGCAGGUCUCUCCGCUUAUCAAGCUCUGCCGCUACUCGGCCCUGUUCCUCGGCGUGACCUACGGAGCCAAGCGCUACAGUUACCUGCAACCUCUGGCGGAAGAGGACAGAAGGGUAGCAGCUGAGGAGAAAAAGAAGCAGGAUGAGCUGAAACGGAUCGAGAGAGAAUUGGCGGAAGCCCGGGACGACAGCAUACUGAAGUGAACCUGCUUCUGUUGAGUGGUGUGGACAAUAAAGCUUUCUGUUGUGCCUGAUGCUCUCCUUA